UGUCCGGGGUGCCGCGGUACGUACAGUGAAGCGCGCCGCGAGCAGGAUGGGCCGGCGACGGGCGCCGGAGCUGUACCGGGCCCCGUUCCCGUUGUAUGCGCUUCAGGUCGACCCCAGCACGGGGCUGCUCAUCGCUGCAGGCGGAGGAGGCGCUGCCAAGACGGGCAUAAAGAAUGGCGUGCACUUUCUACAGCUAGAGCAGAUUAAUGGGCGCCUGAGUGCCUCUUUGCUACACUCCCAUGACACAGAGACACGGGCUACCAUGAACUUGGCACUGGCUGGUAACAUCCUUGCCGCAGGGCAGGAUGCCCACUGUCAGCUCCUGCGCUUCCAGACCCAUCAGCAGAAGGGCAAAACCAAGGCAGAGAAGGCAGGUUGCAAGGAGCAGGGACCUCGACAGAGGAAGGGGGCAGCCCCAGUAGAGAAGAAGUCUGGAGCUGAAACCCACCAGGAGGGGAUAGAACUCAGUGUAGAGAAUUUGCAAGCGGUGCAGACAGACUUCAGCCCUGAUCCAUUUCAGAAAGUUGUAUGCUUCAACCACGAUAACACCCUGCUUGCCACUGGAGGGACGGAUGGCUACGUUCGUAUCUGGAAGGUACCCAGCCUAGAGAAAGUUCUGGAGUUCAGAGCCCACGAAGGAGAGAUUGAGGACCUGGCUUUGGGGCCUGAUGGCAAGUUGGUAACUGUGGGCUGGGACCUUAAGGCCUCCGUGUGGCAGAAGGAUCAGCUGGUGACACAGCUGCACUGGCAAGAGAACGGACCCACCUUUUCUAACACGCCUUACCGCUACCAGGCCUGCAGGUUUGGGCAGGUUCCAGACCAACCUACCAGGCUGCGACUCUUCACAGUGCAGAUUCCCCACAAGCGUCUGCGCCAGCCCCCACCCUGCUACCUCACAGCCUGGGAUGGCUCCACCUUCCUGCCCCUUCGGACCAAGUCCUGUGGCCACGAAGUCAUCUCCUGCCUUAGUGUCAGUGAGUCGGGUACCUUCCUAGGCCUGGGCACAGUCACCGGCUCUGUCGCCAUCUACAUAGCUUUCUCUCUCCAGCGCCUCUACUAUGUGAAGGAGGCUCAUGGCAUUGUCGUGACGGAUGUGGCCUUUCUGCCUGAGAAGGGUCGUGGUCCAGAGCUCCUCGGGUUCCAUGAAACUGCCCUGUUCUCUGUGGCUGUGGACAGUCGUUGCCAGCUGCACCUGCUGCCCUCGCGGAGGAGUGUUCCUGUCUGGUUGUUGCUCCUGCUCUGUGUCGGGCUUAUUGUUAUGACCAUCGUGCUGCUCCAGGGUGUCUUCCCAGGUUUUCUUUAGCCUUCAUGCUCCUGGGGAAUCGAGUGUGGACACGGCCAUCUUCUAUACCAGAGUGGAGGCCUGCACCCCGUUGCUCACCCCACCUGGGUCCACAGUUGGGGUUGCUUCUGAUGAGACUGAUGGGCACUGCCUGCCCUGCCCAGUGAAAGCUUGGCUAUGGCCCUGUGUGACUCUGAGUCCUGGAACCCUUCAUUCUUCAUCCGUGGAUCCACCCAGGACAGUGGUACCUGCAGCCCAGGCCACUCCACCUGCAUCUUUCCCUCUGCCUAACAGAGGCUCCAGAGUUGAGCUUGUCCUCUCUCCAGAAAUAUGUGAGGAUGCCCAAGAACC